UUCUCUCCCCUAUAUCAUUCAUUUCAUUUCUCUGCUCAACGAAACUAAAUACGGAGUAUUCAUUACUUCAAAGUUCAAACUCAUGGCGGAUAUCAAGCAAUCGAGUAACUUUUCAGGUGAUCGGCGGCAACCGAGCCGGUUACAACAGCGAGCGCCGGCGUCGAUUCAAAUAAACCGUUCAACCAAUUGGAAUGUGGCGAUACCGCUUUUAUCACCGUUGAUUUCAUCGCCGACUUCUCCUGAUUGUAACAACUUAACGGUAGCGAUUAAUUCCGUUUGCAAUAAGAUGGUGGAGGUAAAGGAGAAGCCGCCGGCGGCGGCGGCAGCGGUGGUUUUGGUGUUUAAGAAGUGGCAACAUCCUGCGACGCCGUUUUGUUACGAAGCGACUCCGUUAGUGCCGUUUGUAUUAUGUACGGAAACAAUCUAACGACGUUUAUUUUGAGCUAUUUAUUUUUCUUAAAUUAUAUAUAAUACUAGAAGAUUUGGUCUAUGGAUUUCUAUGUACGCUGUUGAUAAUUUCUAGCUUUAUUUUGUCCUUUUUUUUGCUAUGUAAUUAGUAUGCUGACGUUGUCAAAUUAGGUGAUUAACAAGUUGUAAACACUGGUUAAUGAAGAGGUAUAAUAUAGAUAACUUUUCCUAAU